CUGAUUGGCGCUCGCGGCCGGCCUUGAGCGGCUCACCUGCCGUUCCCAGCCAAUCCAGGCCACCAGAAUUGAGGCUGCCCGCGCGGGAGGAGGGGGGCUGGUGGGAGGGGGGUGGCUGAUGAUGCGAGCCUGCGGCGGAGCUGCCCUCCCCCGCCCCGGAGUUCCCUCCCGGCCCCGCGGCGCUCCGGAGCUUCGCCCCAGCCGCCGGCUGCGCUUCCCGCGCCUGUCUCCACUCGGCUGGCUGCGACGCGCCCCGACGGCGGCGCCCACCGCUUCCCGCCGUCCUCCCUCCCUGUCCCUUCCCGUCCCGCGAAGGGGGUGGGUUCGGCCGGGACAGCGCCUCCUCCGAGACACGAUGUUCGCAUCCAAGUCCAACUCCGUGUCGCCGUCGCCGUCCCUGGAGCAGGCCGACGCGGACGCGCUGGACAUCAGCACCAAAGUGCAGCUCUACGGGGUUCUGUGGAAGCGGCCGUUCGGGAGGUCGUCCGCCAAGUGGUCCCGGAGGUUCUUCAUCAUCAAAGAGAGCUUUCUGCUUUACUACUCUGAGAGUGAGAAAAAGAACUUUGAAACCAAUAAAUACUUCAACAUACAUCCUAAGGGUGUCAUCCCCCUAGGCGGCUGCCUGGUGGAGGCCAGAGAAGAGCCCAGCAUGCCCUAUGCCAUGAAGAUCUCCCAUCAGGACUUCCAUGGGAAUGUCUUGUUGGCUGCUGAGUCUGAGUUUGAGCAGACACAAUGGCUUGAGAUGCUGCAGGAGUCCGGGAAGGUGACGUGGAAAAAUGCCCAGCUAGGAGAAGCUAUGAUCAAAAGUCUGGAAGCGCAGGGCCUACAGCUGGCCAAGGAGAAACAGGAAUAUUUAGACAAGUUGAUGGAGGAGACAGAAGAACUGUGCCUUCAGAGGGAGCAGAGAGAGGAGCUUGAGCGUCUGAACCAGGUGCUGGAGGCUGAAAAGCAGCAGUUCGAGGAGGUGGUGCAAGAGCUGAGAGUGGAGCAAGAGCAGAUCAAGAGGGAGCUAGAACUCACUGCAAGGUGCCUCAAGGGUGUGGAACAGGAGAAGAAGGAGCUGAGGCAUCUCACAGAAUCCUUACAGCACACGCUGGAGGAACUCUCCAUAGAGAAGAAGAAAACCCUAGAGAUGCUGGAGGAAGAUAAGAACCAGCCACAGCCGUUGACCAAUCAGAGUGAGCAGCCUCCUGCCAGUGAUGAUCUCCAUAGCAACCUCAGGCAGAUCGAAGAGCGGAUGCAGGAGCUUCUGGCAGAGAAGCUUCUGGCAGAGAAGCGGAUGAAGGAGAAUGAGGAACGUUCACGGGCCCUUGAGGAGGAACGGGAGUUCUACUCCAGCCAGUCCCAAGCCCUGCAGAACUCGCUGCAAGAGCUGACUGCAGAGAAGCAGCAGGCCGAGCGGGAGCUCAAGGCUGAGGUGAAGGUGCGCAUGGACCUGGAGAGGCGACUGCGGGAGGCAGAGGCGGCCUUGCGGAGCCUGGAACAAGGCCUCAAUUCCAAGAUACGGAACAAGGAGAAGGAAGAGAGGAUGCGGGCUGACGUGAGCCACCUGAAAAGGUUCUUCGAGGAGUGCAUCCGGAAUGCAGAGCUGGAGGCCAAGAUGCCAGUCAUCAUGAAGAACUCCGUGUACAUCCAUAAGGCGGCCACUCGCCGCAUCAAGAGCUGCCGGUUCCACCGCCGCCGGUCCAGCACUUCCUGGAAUGACUUGAAGCCAUCCCAGUCCUUCAUGACCUCCCAACUAGAAGCCAACAAUAUAGAGGAGCUGAAGGAGGUGGCCAAGCGGCUAAGCCGAGACCAGCGCUUCCGGGAAUCCAUCUACCACAUCAUGGCCACCCAGCCUGGGGCCUCUGCGCUCCCCCGGGGUGGAAAGUGAUUGGGAACUCCUCCUCUGCCUCCCAUCUUUCCUUGGUGGGACAGGAGGAAGGCCGGACUCCCCCUGGCUCCUCUUCAUCAGAGCACCACUGGGGGAGGGGCACCCUCAUUCUCAAAGGAGGUGAUACCUCCCUCUGCCUCACCUGGAGCCCUGACCUCGGAGGUCAGAAGAGAGUGUUGGAUCCCCUGGAACUGGAGUUAUAGGUGGUUGUGAGCCACUAUGUGGGCGCAGGGUGUCAGGGCUGGGUCCUCUGGAAGAGAAACAAGUGCUCUUAACCACUGAACUAUCUCUUCAGACCUGAGCCCUGACCUUGGGUCUACGCUAGGUGGGAUGGGUCCACACUGUGUGCUACCUGGUUGUCAUGAUGAGGCCUGACUGUGUGUGGUAUCUGUUGAUCAGGAAGAAAUGAUGUCUACUCCAUGAGGGUAGGCAGGGCCUUGCCCACUGUCAAGGACUGAAAAGCUUCUCUGGUACCCACCAUUCCCCUCUGUGACUGCUGCUCAGCCUCUGGUCACAUGACACCCUUAACUUCUUCUUUACUCCUGGUCCUCCAAUACAUUUGUCUGGGACCCGUACUUAUUCCAUGUGCUUGGAGAGGGAAGAGCAGGCCCUAAGACAACCCCAGGGUCACAGCACCCCGUACCUUCUCUGCAGUAUCCUACUUCCUGGGGGCUGUCCUGGCUGCCAGCCACCUAGCUUCUCCAUCUAUAGCAUCAGCAAUCCCCUAGAGGGUGCAGGAGAAGUUCGUGAUCCUAUUUUUGUUUUUUUUUCCCAACCCUGACUGAGAGCUCUUGACCCUCAGGCUUUCUCAAAGUACACAGCCAGACCAAGAGUGAAGGGGCCAGGCCUUUUGUAUUAUCCACAGUCAGGUGGAGCUAUCGCUGCCUCAGGCUCUCCUGACCCUGCCGCUUUGAGAUCCCCAAGAUCCGGCUCCUCCCCAGCUGACUCACCUCACUGCCUCCUCUUGUUCCAGAUGUGGUGCAGCAGUUAAGAGCGCUCGCCUCCCUUGCAGAGGACCCAGACUUGCUUCCCAGUGCCCACAGGGCAGCUCACAAACAUCUGUAACUUCAUUUGCCAGGAACCCAACACCCUCUCCCGACCCCCACAGGCACCGGGCACUCACGUGGUGCGUGUACAUACAAGCAGACAAAAACAUUCAUACACAUAAAAUAAAUCUUUAAAAAAAAAAUAGCUUGAAAGGGGCUGGGUGCUAAGACACUGGUAGAAUAAAGCCAUCCGUUUUCUGUUCAGAUGACGGAAGGGUUCUGAAGGAGAGACCUUUACCAAGGUCUGGGCUUCGCCAUUCUCAGUCCCUUCUUAGUGGGUGUGGUCUCGGAUACGGUGCUUUGGGAUCAGUGCAUCCGUGUGUAAAUACAAAGCUCUGAAUGUGUAUAAACCUGCACAAACCUGAGGCUUGUCUAUAAAGUAUGUACGUGGAGUGGACUUUGAAAUGAAGAUUUGUAAAACCAA